AUGAUACAGCGGAAGAAAACUGUGGAGAACAUCUGCCGGACAGUGAACGAUACCAUUCCCAAGUACUCCGAUCUUUCGUAUAGGUUCGUUAUCCACCAGCCUAGGAAAAUUGCUAUGUGCUACGUGCCAAAAACCGGAUGUACAUUCUGGAAACAAGUGUUCUUUACUCUACAGUCUCGAGACAAAUAUGAUUCCUCUCCAGCAAAAAUAUUCAAAAAUAAGAUCUUGGUCCACUACAAACCUCUACAGAGACUAAGGGACAUCGCCUUUUUUGGUGAGAAGUAUCAGGUCAUAAGCCAGAGCACAAAAAUGAUGUUUGUUCGAGACCCAUAUUCUCGUCUGUUUUCCGCGUAUGUAGACAAACUUGUGUUACCGGAGUUCUGGACCGAUAUCGGCAAGGACACCAUUAAACAGAACCGCCGGAACCCGGACCCAUGGGCCUUGCAGUGUGGACACGAUGUCACAUUCCAGGAGUUCUUGAGGCGUGUUGUGAUCAAGGCUCAACAGGAUUUUGCCAUUAUGGGUGAUGAGCACUGGUACCCGGCGUUUAAACUCUGUCACCCGUGUGUUCUCAAAUAUGACAUAAUUGGCAAACAAGAGACAUUUUCCUCGGAUCGGGAUUGGAUCCUACAGUGGUUGGGAAUACCUGACAUUCGCCCGGCUGAGAUGCCAUGGGAAGACGUCAUGGUCGACAGUAUGGAACAAUCGAUCUUUGUGGCAUGGACAUUUCAACCGAAACCACCAUGUCGUAACAUCUCUCUGGUCAUGGAGAGGUUGUGGACAGCCUUUAAACUCCAGGGUUAUCUCCCGUUGAACAUAUCCUCUCCUGUGCCUUGGCCUUCGGACUUCAACGAGAUGAAAGCAGUUGUCCGUUCUCUCCGAAAUAUAGCACCUAAACAUCAAGAGUUUCACCGGAGACGUAGGGAGGCCUUGCGUAGGGCUUAUAGUAAAAUUCCUACAGAACUCAUGAUAAAAGUGAGGGAAGCCUUCAAAUACGACUUCUUGCUCUUUGGGUACAACACAACCCCCAAAGAUCUUUACCAGAAUAGACGGUUAUUUGACCAUGGUUAA